UUCUUCGAUCAGAUUCGUUAUAAAAUAUUUAUUUAUUUAUUUAUUUACCUUCCUUUUUUUUACAAAGGCCUGCAGGGGGCAAACGCCCGUGCGCAGGACGGCACUUACAACUAAUAAUCAAUCAAUAUAUCAACAUUGAACAAUAACAAAUAUGUGACUAGAUCAUAGAUAUAUUACAAUUCAAAUUCAAAGCCACGAAGUAAGUUUAUGUAUUUCUCUUUUUAACUUUACUUUGAGCGAUUUCACACAAUCUUCAUUCUUAAGCAUCACAGGUAGCUCAUUGAAGCACUUGAUAGCGACGUAUUUGUACGUUCUGUGGCCCAUCUCCGUUGAAUGCAGCGGUAGCUGCAGACUCCUAUUUCUGGUAUUCGAAGAACUCAUACUAUACUCAGAUUGUAGGUGACCAUAUUGCCUGAUUAAUGAUUUCCACAUAAACAACUUUCUAAUUCCCAAAGGGCUGUCACUGUCUUCUUGUUGAAUGCCAAUUAUUUUGCGUAGUUUCUUUUCAAUGAUAAGUAGUGGUUUUUGUACAAUAUACAUUGUUUUUGACAAUAUACAUUGUCAAAUUUUCGAAUCUCGUUACAUACGUGUGCGACGGCGGUCACGCGAGUUCCGCGCAAAAAUGCAUAUGCACCGCGUGCAAAUGAUAUUUGCAAAAAGAGAUACGCGUCUCUCGUUCUCAAAGAAGCUCUCGGAAACGGUCACAUUCGUAAUUAUUAUCUCAAUACACACACGUACGUUACAUAUAUAAAAUACGUUCGUUUGUGCAUAGCGCGCGAACCGAGUCAAUGCGUAACCGCAUUGUUAUGAAAUUUGAUAAAUAAAAAGAAGAAAAAUGAAUUCUCGGGCGGAAAAGUACUCGCGCGCGGCUGCUCUCGUCGUAAUACGUCGCGUAUCGUAUACAUUAUUAUAUACCGAUGAUCCGCGAACGAAUGAAAAAUGUAUCAAGGUUGCAAUUUAGAAACGAGAUAUAUGAAUCGAAGAGUGGGAUAGAGCCAGACGUGUGCGAAACGUCGCUUUUCACCUCGAUCGAGCGAAUUGAUAAAAAUUUUCGUGUUCGCGAGGCGUCGCACUCUCGUUUACGCAAUAGAAAAAAAAAACUGCAGAGAUAAUGAUGAGAUCUCGAUAGAGGUCUCGCGCAAUCGAUAGCGCAUCGAUUCGGUCUGGUCGGCACAUGUGUUGAUUCAAAGGCAGCUGUAAAAUUAGCUGCCUCGUUUUUUUUGUUGUUGUCGUUUGAUAUAAUUUCUCCGAUCUCUUACACAAUAUCGGUAACAUCGAUGCCUCGGGCUAAACGCGCGAAUAUAAUUAUGCUCGGAGCCAGUUUCCGAUCUGGCACAAUUGUAUACAUGUAUACAGGCCACCACCACAAUGCGACUAUCGUCAUCGUUUUGGCCAAGGCGUCUGCUAAACUUGAAAGCACAGGUGAGCUCCGUGUACCACUAGUGUUCUGUGAGAGUUAUAUCUAUCGAUAGUGCAAAUUAGGUGCCGAGAGCGCGACAAUAGAAAUGAAAAAAAAAAGAAAAAAAAAAUUAUCGAUACAAUUGCGGCACAUUCAGACAUCAUCUGCGUCGAUCAAUAGCAUUGAUAAUGAUCGCGCGCGCGCGCGUAUCGUUAUGAAUUUGUCGCCGCGCGCGCGAGAUCGGGCAUGUGGGCGGGCGGACGACCUUGCACGGAAUUUCCAAAGUUGACCCCGACGAGCACCCAACGAGCGACGACGACGACGACAAAAACAGCAACCACUACUACGCUAUAUAGCAUUGGCCGCAAGAGCUUCUGAAAGAUUCAAGGUCGUGAAAAGAAAGAGCGAGAGUGAGAGAGAAAGUGAGUUAUAUCGUCGAGCUGCACAAUGCAUGCAUCGGCGAAUUUUCUUUUCUUUUCUCUCUCUCUCGCUCUCGGUAGUAGCAAUAUUUCAAUCCAUGCAAUAGUCGAUAUAAGAUGCGGGUUCGGAAGUGGCGCGAGAAGCAGCAGCAGCAGCAGCAUCAUCACGUGGAUCGCGCUUGCCCUCGAGACACGUCGUAUCGGCUCUAGUCUCGCCCGACGGAGGAGCGGGUUGCUUUUCCGUCUAUAUACCAACCGCGUGUGUAUAUAGCUAUAUAGUUUGCCGCGCGUGGGCGCGAGAAGAAAAGCGCAACAUCGCCCGGCUGAAAAACAAACUCUCGUAUACGUUUGCGUAUGUGUAUGUGCGUGCGAUACAGGACACGCACACAAUCUCGAAUUAGACAUGCGCUCUCUGGACACACAAGUAUAGGAAGGAGAAAACAGGAGGAGGAGGAGGAUCGGGCCACUGUGCAAUUGUGCUGCACAUUAUAUUACGCGCCGAUGUUUGCUCGUCUCGCACGUAUAAUAUGUGUGUUGUCUGCGCGUAACCGUCGAACUUAGCUACCGUUCUCCGCGUUGCUCGUAUAUAAUAACACAAGUUAACGCGUACAUCCAUCUUGGCCCAGAGUAGGAGUAGCCAGCAACACGGGCGAGAAAAGGCCAACUUGCAAGCAGUGGCACUAGCAGUGGUGGAGUGGGAUUUUUCGAGAAUCCUGUGUAUAAAAGACACCGUCGCUCGAGGAGCUCGCGCCAAAGCAACGACGUGCCGCUCGCGUGCAUCUUUACACACGCGCGCAUCCGUAACUUUUCCAUCCCGCACGCACGCGUAUCGUCGAGUAUAUAUCGAGGAUCGAUCGAUCGGCUCCCAACCCACGACCCCCCCGUUUCGCGCGUCAGCUCUCGUGUGCUCUCUGAGCCACAGUUAGUAGUGCGUGUGUGUGCGCGCGCGCGACGUCAACGAGUCACCGAUGCUGUGCACGCUCGACCUCUCGCAAGCACGCAUCUCGACCUAGCCUGCGCUGCAUAUCGUAUCCGCUUUUGUUAUUUUUGAUUUCUCGAACACCCCUAUCGAGUGCGUCGUCUUUUCACAAGUGUUAGAAGAUAAUAAAAAUCAGCCAACAUGAAGAUUUUGAUGCGAGCCGAUACCCACGUGAACAUCGAAGUGCCGGGAAAUGCACCGGUAGCCAAGUGCACCUUUUCGCAGGUACUAGCGGCUUUCUCGGUCUCGCUGGGCUCCAUGGUGGUUGGCUUCGCCUCGUCCUACACGUCGCCGGCUUUGACGACCAUGAAGAACGAAAACAUCACCAGCUUCCGCGUCGACGAGGAAACCGGUUCAUGGAUCGGCUCGCUCAUGCCACUGAGCGCCCUAUUCGGCGGCAUCGCUGGUGGACCCCUCAUCGAGUACAUCGGUCGAAGGAACACCAUACUCUUCACGGCCUUUCCCUUCAUUUUCUCUUGGCUACUGAUCGGCCUGGCGGUGAACGUCGUGAUGAUCCUGCUCGGCCGCAUGAUCAGCGGCUUCGCCGUGGGCGUCAUCUCGCUCUCGCUGCCCGUCUACCUCGGCGAGACGAUCCAGCCGGAGGUGCGCGGCUCGCUCGGCCUGCUGCCCACGGCCUUCGGCAACAUCGGCAUACUGCUCUGCUUCACGGCUGGCAUGUAUCUCGACUGGUGGCGGCUCGCGCUGCUGGGAGCUCUGCUGCCGGUGCCCUUCGCCCUCUGCAUGAUCAUCAUCCCCGAGACGCCGCGCUGGUACAUAUCCAAGGGCAAGACGAAGCGCGCGCGCAAGUCGCUGCAGUGGCUCAGGGGCAAGCAGGCCGACGUGAGCGAGGAGCUGACCACCGUGGAGAAGAUGCACGUGGAGGCCGAGCGACAGGUGAGCUCGCAGCAGGGGCCCUUCGGCGAGCUCUUCAAGGACACGAAUCUCAAGCCGCUGCUCAUCUCGCUCGGCCUCAUGUUCUUCCAGCAGAUGUCCGGCAUAAACGCCGUCAUCUUUUACACCGUGCAAAUCUUUGAGGACGCGGGCAGCAAGCUCGACCCGAACAUCAGCACCAUCAUCGUCGGCAUCGUGAACUUCGGCUCGACCUUCGUCGCGACGACCCUCAUCGAUCGGCUGGGCCGCAAGAUCCUCCUCUACACGAGCAGCGUCUCGAUGAUCGUCUCGCUGGCGAGCCUCGGCGCCUUCUUCUUCAUGAAGAACCACCACAUGGACGUGUCGGCCAUCGGCUGGCUGCCGCUGACCUCCUUCGUCGUCUACGUGAUCGGCUUCUCGCUGGGCUUCGGGCCGAUACCCUGGCUCAUGAUGGGCGAGAUACUGCCGGCCAAGAUACGCGGCAGCGCAGCGAGCGUCGCGACGAGCUUCAACUGGACCUGCACGUUCGUCGUGACCAAGUGCUUCAUGAACAUCGUGGCGCUGAUCGGCCAGGAGGGCACCUUCUGGCUGUUCAUGAUCAUCUGCCUGCUGGGCCUGAUCUUCGUGAUCGGCUUCGUGCCCGAGACGAGCGGCAGAUCGCUGGAGGAGAUCGAGCGCGGACUCACCGGACCCGUCAGGCGUAUGAGCGCCGUGGCCAACAUCAAGCCGACGCCCAUGGCUUGUUAGUAAUGCGUGCGGAUCGAAAUUCCCAAAUUUCACGAUUUUACGUUUACGUUUUUGUUCGUUGCGCGCGCGACGAUUGUUGAUUGUUGACUACAUGUGUAAUAGACGUAGGUCACCUACCUAUUAUCACGUUCGCUACUAUGUAUAUUAACGAAAAAAAUGUACGCCUAUGGCUGAUCUGGAAUCUGCGGGGCUGUGGAUUAUAAUCAAAAUAAUUGAUCCAUCUUUUCUUCUUACUUUCAAAUUGUAUAUAGUCAAGCAAUAUUAAGCUUACGCUAUAGUUCGGAUAAUCUGCACGACUACCACGUUGACGCGUUUAUUUUUAUCCUUUUAGAAUAUUCUCAGUGUAGAUAGAUAGAUUUUUAUGUAAAUACAUCUUAGCAGAACUUUGCAUUUGUCAUGCAAGCGAUUAGUAUAGUUUUUUAAAAUAGAGAAAAUCAAAGUUAACAUUUUUCCUUAGCGAAUAGAAAUUUUAGCAUCGAGGAAUGCUCGACUUGUACAGCUCAAAGGAUGAAUUUUGCACGAGUCCAAAUCCAUCCUAAACUAUUUAAACAAAGUGAUAUAUUUCAAUGAUUCCAACAAGUAUUGUUUACUCAACGAAAUCCAUUUAUUUGAAACAAUACUUUUAUUAAUAUUUUUAGUACAUUAAAGAAAAAAACCAAAAUAGAGGUUUUCUAUUCCUUAUGUAGUUGAUUAUAUGAAUAGCAUAGAAUUACUAUACAUGUUGAAAAUCUAUAUUUUUAAUGAAACUUUGCAAGAAAAAGCAAUCACCUAUAUUUUUCUAUCAAAAACCAUUGAUUCUUGUUUAUAUGCAUGUAUAUCUUAUAUAUAUGUGUAUAAGUAUACCUAUGUUUAGAUAGAUUUUAUUGUAUUUAUAUAAUAAUGUUCAAUUUUAUGCAUCUAUUAUUAAACAAGUGUCCAUUCAUUUUCAUUGAUUCUUCAACAGUACUUAUACUAUCCAAGAUUACGAAAUCAAUUUGAUAAAAACAAUUUUCAUGUCUUUUCAUAAAGUACAAUUGUACUUUAAUACUCAUAAAGACUUGGAUAAUAAAUAAUAAUAUUUUGAAAAGUACUGUAAAGAAAGAAAAGAUUCACCUCUGUGUAACAUAUAAAAAAUGUUUUUACAUGUGCAAGAUGAAAUCAUCAACGAAAAACUCUAAAAAGGUUAAGAACUUGAUUAAUUUAUGACUGUAUGAUUUAAACGUAGUAGCUGAUUAAAAAGUAAUGCUAUACUUAUAGUGUUAUCUCAAAUGUUAUGUAAAAUCAUCAAUUAUUAAUAUGAUUUUGAUACCUUCAUGCGUCUUUUAAUAAAUUGCAAUAAAUUUGUAUUCAUGCUACCAAAAAUAUUCCUUGAAUAAAAAAAUGAAACAUUUUUUAAAUAUA